AUGGCAACCCAACCCCUCGAAUACACAAUCGAAGCCACAACCUUCAAAAUCGUGCAAACAAUUCAGCUAAAACCCGCACAAGACACUUUCCUCCCACAAAUACACCUCACCGCCCCACCAACACCCCCAGAAGCCGUAUCCGCCCACCCAAGUCAAAACCCGCACUACCUCUCCGUCCCCCCACCACCACCACCACCACCACCAACCCCAACCCCAACACGCACAGCAAGGGAAACCGCAGGCAGGAGUCUAGAGCGCAAGAAAGGGGUCCGCGGAAAGUUGGGUAGACAGGUGGAAUGCAUCAAGCGCCUUGUAAACCACCGUGUAUUUGGGGAUGUGCAUGUACGGCGGUUUUGUGGCAGGGUUGCGGAUGUUUCGAACGGGAAUUCUUAUUUUUCGCGUAUGUUGGGUCGAGUGCGGCGUCGUGCACGGGAUGGGGUGGCGCGUGGUGCGCGGCGGGAGCACACAGAUACCGCAGAGAAAAGUGUAGACCAGUGCGUAAACGCGUACGAAGGGCCGUAUGAACUCGAUGCAACAGCGACAGCAAUUGUACCCACAUUCGCAGAAAACGAGGAGGUUUACAUGGUGCAGCCGUUUCUCCCUCCGAAGGCGUCUACUCCGCCCCAAGAGCCGGUGCUAGAAAGCGAGGCGCUUGUGUGUGAGCAGGCGCAUACAGCACAUUCAGAAGUCUCCCCAUUACGACCUUUUCCGGCCGAGUCGUCGCCUACAUGUGUGCGGAAAUGCUGCUCUGCGGAAGAUGAGUUGGGUGUAGGCGAUAUAACGACUGGGUCGUUAGUUGGCAGGUCUGGGUCUCGCUCCCCUUCCUUGUCUAGGAGCGUGUUGACCGCUGAGAAUGGAUGGUUUUCUGCUGAGGAUUUGGAUGAUUUUACGGCUGAUCGGCUUGUGGAGGCGUUGAUAGGGAUUGGGGGGUGAGUGGGGGAUGGAUGGGGAGAAGGGUUAAGGGGUUGUUGGUA